AGCGGACCUCUGCACGGAGUGAAACAAAAUCUGACAACCAAUAGAGUACAGUCCGCGGAAAUCGUUCAUUUAAUAGCAAGAGCAAGAAUAUAAUAUAGAUAUAUAUAUAUGUGUAUAUAAUCUAAUUUUUCUCGCACACACACACACACACACACACACGUAUAUACCCUGUAUAUGUGUAUGUAUAUAUAUUCUGCCUGUGUGUACCAAAAAAUUGUUAUACAUAAAAUAAAUUGCGACAGAAAGAAAUACCAUUAUCAACUAAAAAUAGUGCCUUAAUGCUCAAAGGAAUAUCAAUUUUAAUAACGAACAAAAACAAAAAAGCAAUAACCAAACGACAUUAAUUAAUAGAUUCAAACAAAAGGAGGAGAGCGCGCAACAUCGACACACGCCCGCAUGUCCGAGUUAAAGGUUUAAAGUAGAAGCCAAGAACCUGUAUACCUGAAGGGAAAUCGAAAGAUGACUUUCACCCGAUUAAAGACUGUGACAUUGCUCGUGACGUGUGCUCUGCUGGCACUGAGUUUUCCCGGAUAUGUGAAUUGCGCUAAUAACGGAAAGAAAGGAUCGCAGCCAGCGGCAGCCGCAGCGCCGCUUGAGCCAGAGGCCGUCAUCGAAGAGGUCAACGCCAAGCAAUUGGAGAAGCUUCUGGCCGACAAGGAUUACGUUGCUGUAUUCUGGUAUGCGCGCAGCUGUGUGACCUGUGAUAAGGUUUUAGCGGAACUCGAAAAAAUAGACGAUGACACCGACUCCUUCGGUGUGGACUUUGUAAAAAUAAACGACAAACGACUAGCUAAGCAAUAUGGCAUUAAGAAUUUCCCAGCACUCACGUACUUCAGGGAGAAGGAGCCCAUCAUCUACGAUGGCGAUCUCAUGGACGAGGAGGGCGUGCUCGAUUUUCUAACCUCACUGGAGGCCAUGGAUCUGCCCGAUCGCAUCGAGGAGGUCAAUGCCAAGAUACUGCAAAAGAUCAUCGAGGAUACGGACUUUGUGGCUGUGCUGUUCUGUCCAGAUCAUGAAACAUGCCCGCCUCGGGUGAUGGACAAGCAGCAAUGCCGCAAGUGUGCCAAGGCCUUGCAGGAGCUGGAGAAUAUUGAUGAUGAAGCCGAUCAGCUGGGCAUUGGAUUCGUCAAGAUACACGACGAGGCCCUGGCCGAUGAAUACAAUUUGGGUGGGCUGCCGGCGCUUGUCUACUAUCGCCAUCAGACACCAAUCAUAUACGAAGGUGAACUCCAACGUGAGGAGGAUGUCUUGGAAUGGUUGGUGCAAAAUAAAUCAACGGGCGACGAGGACGAUGUGAUCGAGGAUGUCACCUCCAAGACGCUCUCAACACUAAUCAGCAACAUUGAUAAUCUGGUGGUGCUGUUUUAUGAUCAUGGCAAUGAUGACUCGAUGACUGUGCUGGAGGAGCUAGAACAAAUAGACGACGACUGCGACAAGCAUGGCAUACAGUUUGUCAAAAUUGAUGAUGCCAAGGCGGCAGGCGAUUAUGGAAUUGAUUCGAUUCCGGCAAUUGUUUACUUUGAAAAAGAAAUUCCAAAUGUUUACGACGGCGAUCUCAUGGAUGAGGAGCAGAUCCUCAAGUGGCUGCUGAGCCAAUUGGAACGCGAUGAGAUCGAGGAUGUCACCGAUGAAAUGCUCGAUACAAUGAUCAAAGAGGGACGCGUCAUAGCAGUGCUGUUUUACGACAACAAUGACAAAAAGUCCCAGAAAGUGCUCGAAGAGCUGGAGAACAUUGACGACGAGUGCGAUGCUCUGGGCAUUACCUUCGUGAAGAUUGACAAUCCCGAGGAGGCCGUUGAAUAUGGCAUCAAUAAAGUUCCUAAACUGAUAUACUUUGAAAAAGGCAUUCCAACCAUUUACGAGGGCAAUCUGGAGGAUGAGGAGAAGCUACUCAAGUGGCUAACAGAUCAAACGAGUUCCGAUCAAAUCGAAGACAUAACCGAUGAAAUGUUGGAUCUUAUUAUAGAGAAAAUGCCACAUGUUGCUGUGUUGUUUUACGACAAAGAUCAAAAGAAAUCACAGAAAAUCCUCGCAGAAUUGGAAAACAUUGACGAUGAGUGCGAUCAGAAUGAUAUUGCCUUUGUCAAGAUCGAUGAUGACAAGGAGGCCAAAGAAUGGGGCAUCGAUGAGAUACCAUCGAUAGUACUCUUCGAGCGUGGCAUUCCACACAUCUACGAGGGUGAUCUGAUGAAAGAAGAUGAGCUGCUCGGUUGGUUGGUGCACCAGAAGCGCUACUCAGAGAUUCCCGAAGUCACCGAUGAGAUGAAGGAUAAAUUGGUUGAGAAUACAGAACAUUUGGCGGUGAUCUUUUAUGACAAAGACGACAAACAGGACAUGCGCAUUCUCAACGAACUGGAGAACAUUGACGAUGAGCUGGAGAAGGAGGGCAUCGUCAUUGUGCGCAUUGAUAAUGCCGCCGAAGCCAAGGAGUACGGCCUGGACCAUCUGCCAGCUCUCAUCUACUUUGAGAACAAAAUCCCCGCUCUCUACGAGGGCGAUUUGAUGAACGAGGAUGAGGUGCUGGAGUGGCUGCUGGUGCAGAAGAAAACCGCCACCAUUGAGGAGGUCACCGAUGAGAUUCUCGUCAAUCUAAUCAAUGAACAUGAAUAUGUUGUCGUUUUCUUCACGGGUCCCUGCGAGCCGGGCGAGACCUGUGAUCACACACUGAACGCACUGGAAACCAUCGACGAUGAGUUGGACGAGGCGGGCAUCAUUUUUGUGACCACCGAGGAUACGGGAGUCGCGAAGAAAUACAACGUCAAGACCUAUCCACGUUUGGUGUUCUUUAGGAAUCGCGAUCCGUUGCACUUUACCGGAGAUCUGGACGAUGAGGAUGAGGUGUUGGCUUGGAUUACCGAUGAUGAGACGCUGGAGAUUCCCGGCAAGAUCGAGGAGGUCAAUGUGAAAAUGUUGGACAAGAUUUUGGCUGAAAACGAUCACGUUGUGGUGUUCUUUUAUGCCGAAGGCGAUAAGAAGGCACAGAAGAUUCUCAACGAGCUGGAGAACAUCGAUGAUGAGUGCGAGGAAAAAGACAUUGACUUUGUGAAGACAUCCGAUGAUGAUAUUGAUAAGGAAUACGAUUUGCCCGGUCUGCCGGCACUUGCAUUUUAUAGACAUAAGUUUAGAACAAUUUACACCGGUGACCUGAUGAAGGAAGAGGAAAUUCUGGAAUGGGUUAUUGACUUGCACGAGUCAACCGCGGAUGUCAUUGAGUCGGUGGAUCGCAAGACACUGCAGGUUCUGAUCAACGAUGUCGAGCACUUGGCUGUGUUUUUCUAUGAUGAUGAAUGCGAAACGUGUUCGGAUAUCUUGGAUGAGCUGGAAAACAUUGAUGAUGACACCGAUAAGCAUGGCAUUCAGUUUGUCAAAUCGAAUGAUGUGAAGCUGGCCCAUGAGAUUGGCAUUUUCGCAUUCCCCGCGUUGGUCUACUACGAGACGGGUGUUCCGAUUAUGUAUGAUGGUAAUCUCAAAAACGAAAAUCGUGUGCUGCAGUGGUUAAUCAAUCAAAAGAGCAACGAUGAUGACGAAAGUGAUGAGAAGAUUAUUAAAUUGCGCUAUCCCAAAGAGAGCGAUGAGGAUAAGCGGGAGCGAUUGAAGCGCCUGCAGCUAGCGAUACGCACAAAGCAAAGAUUGCGAAAGAGCAAAAGACUUCACGAUGAUGACGAUGACGGGGACGAUGACGAUAACGAUGACGAUGACGAGGACGGGGACAAUGACGAUGACGAUAACGACGACGAAGACGAAGAAGAAGAUCUUAAAAGUAAGCCUAAAUAUAGGCACACGGCCAAGGGCCGUACGAUACAUCGUCUGGCUGAUCUAUGCUCGGGUCGGCUUAACGAUGAAAUAGAUGACGAAUGUUUCUAUGUUGGAUUGGGCCAUGACGGCCAGUCAGCUAAGCGCGGCAACAAUUUCGUGCCCAACGAUUACAAACCAUUCCAAUGCUGUCCAACCAAAUUGGAGAAGUCAACGAAAGUUCCUAAAAUGACGGCCCAGCGCAUUGGACACAGCGACGGCGACCAGGGCAAGCGGUCGGGCGGCGGCAGCGUCGGCGGCGGCGGCAACUUCCAGUUCGCAGCAUCGGCAGCCAGCAAGCCAGCAAAGAAACCGGAGCCAACCAGCAGCAGGACAGUGCCAGCCAAGAAGCAACCCAAGCGCAGCCAGGCUCCUGAUGAUGAUGACGACGAUGAUGAUGACGAUGAUGAGCAGCCACUGGUGAAGGUUUCCUAUGCCAACAAGCGUUCGGGCGGUGGCAGCAACAAGCCGCAGGCUGGCAAGCGGCCCGUUGCCAAGAACGAUGACGAUGAGUCCCUGGAGGUGGAGAAGCAGCAGAAGCAGCAGAAGCAAAAGUCAUCGAAGAAGUCCGGCAAGCUGAAUGUGAAAACCGGCGUUAAUUUUUUCCAAAAUCGACUAAAAAAUUUGUAUGACCUCAUUUUUCAGGAUAUCUCACUGUGGGAGUAAGGCAGUUUUGAAACUGAGCAUAAAGCGCAGUUUUGCAAACAAAUCAGUUGAAUAGUGAUUGUAUGAAUAGAAUGAAAAUGCCAUACCCAAACUGCAACCGAUACCAAAACAAAAAAAACACUACCAAAAACCAACAAAAACCCAAUGCCUGCAUAGCCUGCACCAAAAGAAAAAGAACCUUCAAUGACAGGUUUAUAUUUAAAAAAAAUAUUUUUUACCAUCCAAUCAAUCAAUGUGUGACACGUGACUGCCCGUUAAGACACAGUAACUGAGAAAUAAUAACCUGUGAAUCCGUAUGGCUGUGUGUAUAUAAAUUAUGUAUAAAAACACUCACACAUGUACAACAUCCUUGGUGUCUCGUUGUUCCAUCUCUCGAUAGCAGUUUCACACGCAACUCAAAAUAAAAUAAAAACAGAAAAAAGAAAACAAAAACACAAACACUAACAUAAACUUUGUUGAUAUUUUUCGCUACAAUCUACAAAUCUUCGCAACGAUCUGCGCCCAGCACUGUGGUUGUCUAUGACUAAAACCCAAAAACAAUUUGUUGCAUUUUACAACAAAAAAACUUUGUUCAAACUAAAUGCAAUUAAUGCAGCAAACAAAAACCAAAACAACACAACUUCUGAGAACUUUCACUAGUUUACCUAUCUACUAUUUAGCCAGCUAGUCAGCUGUUAUUGUUAUUAACAAACAAACAAAAAAAAACCAAUCAGCAAUUGUCAAUAACGAGAGCGUACACUUUUUGAUACUACUACUUUUUUGUCACAGUAUAUAAAUACCAUUUACAUACAAUAUUUUAUGUAGCUAGACUAAUUUAAAGAAAGCGAAAGCACAAGCUAAAGCUCCAGCCAAAGCUGAAGCCAGAGCAGAAGCCAAAGGCAAAGCCAAAGCAGAGGCAAAAGCCGAAGCCGCAGUCAAAGCAAAGCAGAGGUCAAAGCCGAAGCCACAGCUGAAGCCAAAGCCAAAGCAAACGCCAAAACCAAGCAGCAGCCGAAGCCAAAGCCAAAGCCAAAGCAGAGACCACAGCUGAAGCCAGAGCUAAAGGCAAAGCAAGAGCCGAAGCCAAAGCGGAGACCGAAGCUGAUGCCAAAGCCGACGGCAAAGCGGCAGCUAAAAGCAAAAACGAAACAAAAAUGAAAACGAUAAACGAACAAAUGGAUAAAUAUUUUUUGAAGCAAUUUACAAAUUUGCAAUGGCAAAAACCAAACAACUGUUAACUAUUUUAACUAGAACAUGUACGUAGAGAGCCUACAAACUACAAGCAAAACAUUUUCUAUAUACACACACACACACACAAACAGAGCCAAAGCACAUGCAUACAUGUACAGCACAUUUUGUAACUAGAUAUAAACAUAAGCAAUGGCCAAAUAAUGUCUUCUAACCUUGCAAGUCAAAGACUUUCUCGCUGAAACAAUGGCCUCGCAUGCAAUGUACUAGACACAGCCAUUUUUGAUGUAGUUUUCAUUUGUUUUCUUCUGAGAGCGAUGCCCCACGACGCCUUACCAGCUCGCUGUUAUAUUUGUUAUCGGUAUUUGCAAAAUGCCGAAUAUAUAUUACAUAAACACACACACACACAGACACAAACACAAACACACACAUGUAUAUCUUUAUCACUUAUGUUAGCUAAAACUCCAUCACUCUGUCACUAAAAUUCUACCCACGUGUAAACGCCCCACAUUAUUAAUUCUUUUAUGUUGAACAGCAGCAGCCUCAAGCGAAUGUAUUUUUGUCAAACGGUUGAAAAAUCGUAUAAAAAUUGUAAGCGAAACGCAAGCAACAUUUUUGUAAAAAUUAAGCGCCACACAAUCAAUUGUAAAAAUACACAAUAAAAAGCCAUCGAAAUGAAAUGAA